CGGAAACAUUUGACGGUGACACCGGAGUCGGAAACGGAGACGGGAGCGGAGCCGCUGCCGAGCAACCGUCAUGAGGCAGGCGCUGGUGGACGACACGGAGGACGUGUCCCUGGAUUUUGGCACAGAGGAGGAGGAGGAGCUGGCACUGAGGAAGAACAGGAUCAGGCAUCCACUGGCUACAUUUUUUCAUCUCUUUUUUCGUGUAAGUGCCAUCAUUGCUUACCUCUUCUGUGACUGGUUUAGCAGAAGCUUUGUUGCCUGCUUUGUGACAAUACUCAUCCUCUUGUCCUGCGAUUUCUGGUCAGUAAAGAAUGUAACGGGAAGGCUUUUGGUUGGCUUGCGUUGGUGGAAUCAGAUUGAUGAAGAUGGAAAAAGCCAUUGGCUUUUUGAAGCUAGAAAGACUACUGCAAAGAAUAGAGCUACCUCUAUUGAAGCAGAGGCUCAGAUUUUCUGGCUUGGGCUAAUUGUCUGCCCCCUAAUUUGGACAGUCUUUCUUUUCAGUACUUUGUUUUCCCUGAAACUUAAGUGGCUGGCCUUGGUAAUAGCAGGGCUUUCCUUGCAAGCAGCUAAUCUGUAUGGGUAUAUCCGCUGCAAGCUUGGAGGCAGCAAGAACAUCACAAGAGCAGCUUCAACGUAUCUAGGUCAACAACUCUUUCAGAGGUCGGACAUCGUAUUUGGAGAGCUGUAAACUACAGCCAAUUUCCUUCUGGCUUCAGAGUCUGCAGUGGGUCAGCCGGGCCUACCGGCAAGUCCUCCGUCGUUGGUACGUAGUGAGCGGUACCUCCGUCUUCGGUGAGCAAGUCCCCGGGCCGCAGUGGCGGACAGAGUAGUUGUUCCUAAAACUACUGCCUGCUUAUCCUUGAAAGGACUCUUAGCUCAGCAGUGAAAAUCAGUUCAGUGCAGCCCAAACAUAGGUGUACAAUAUAACUAAAUAAUUUUCACAGAAAGACAUGCUAUUUAAUGUACUUGGUUAGAUGAUUGAAUUUGAAAUCCAGGAACAGAAGAACCUUGACCAGCUGUUCAUUUUCCCUGAAAGUAAGACAAUCCCUGUUGUGCCAUGUGAUGAAGCUCAAGUCACACAAGUAGAAUACUGAGUAAAAUUAUGCAAAUAUGUGCAACAAUGUUGAAAUCCCCUUGUCAGUCUUCAACUACACAAGCACCCACAAUGGCCCGAACUGUACUGGUUGUGGAACUGCAAGCACAAGGUGUGAUAAAUGUUUGUGCAUUAGUCAUAAUGCUUUAUCGCUGGACUCUACAUAGAGUCCCACACCAGAGCCUCAGUCUUAGACUCUCACACCAGGCGGGUGUGGUGUAACAAAGAUCCCCAAUUAUUUUUGAUGAGAAUUCUUUGCCUGAAAAGUAAAAACAAAUGUGAGUUUAUAUUCUAAGCAUGUCGUAAAUAUCUAGUCAUUACAAAAUAUUUAUUUUAUUGUCAC